GCCACUGGAAAUUUAUUUUCCGGUAUAUGUAGGUAUGGUCUGUACGUGUUUCAAGGCAGAUCGAGAUUUAAGGAGCAAAAGAACGAGUCAAAAGCCACAUGUAAUUUAAGCAGGUAAGAACAUUACAAUACAGUGAGGUCUUGAACUAGACAGGAUGGUAUGAAAUUGGGAACCUCAGAAAAGUAACAACUAACAGAAACCCAAAACAAAUCUUCCACAAUAUACGUAGUCUUCUCCCUUAUAUACAGGAACCUUUCUUUCUAUUAUAGUCCUCGAUCUCCUGAUUUCAAUAGAUCUCCAAGGCAUUUUUGAAGCAGCAGUAUCAGUUAACAAUAUGGCCAAGUCUUGUAUUAUCAUCCUUGCUUCAGCCCUUUGCUUCUUGUCCCUCAUCGACAACGUUUAUAGCGACGAAAAGGCAAAACUCCAGGUUGAAGGCGUGGUCUUUUGUGAUAGCUGCCGCAUCCAGUUCAUCACCAGAAUCGACGAGCUCAUCAAAGGUGCAAAGGUGAAGUUGGAAUGCAAGGACCGGGACAGUGGUAGCAUAACCUACAGCAAGGAAGCCGAAACCAACGAGCAAGGAAGGUACUCAAUUGAAGUGGACAGUGAUCAUGAGGAGGAGGACUGCGAGGUCGUCUUGGUGAGCAGCCCCAACGAGGACUGCAAAGAGAUCAGCCACGAGUUACACCAGCAGACCAGUGCGAGGAUUAGUCUCACAACACACAAUGGAAUUGCCGGACCGGUGCGCAUUCCAAACCCUCUUGGCUUCAUGAAAAAGGAAAUUGCUCCUGAGUGCCCUCAGGUGCUCAAGGAACUCGGACUCACUCCCGAUGGCGACGUUGAAUAACUUGUUAUUAGUCAUUCAUUAUUUACAUUAUGAAAUAGGAUUCUUGUUUCUCUAAGUUCGAGUAUUCAAUAAAAGUGUUUGAUAUGAUUUCGG